AUGGGAGGCUGCAGCAUCUUCCUCCGGCACCCCGCCCUCACCUGCGGCCGCGCCGCGAUGAGCCCCGCCGGGCGCGGGGCCCCCGCGCAGCGGUUGCUCGCCUCCUCCCUCUGCGCCCUGCGGCCGGCGGCGACCCCCCCUCCCCGGGGCCGCGGGCACCCCCUGGCCGCCCUGCCCGGCCCCCCGAGCUGGCCGCUGAUGGGCAGCCUGCCCGACGUCCUCUGGAAAGGGGGGCUCAAGAGGCAGCAUGAGACGCUGGCUGAGUACCACAGGAGGUUUGGCAAGAUUUUCCGCAUGAAGCUGGGGGCUUUCGACUCGGUGCACAUCGCAGCCCCCUGCCUCCUGGAAGCCCUGUACCGCCGGGAGAGCGCCUGCCCCCAGCGCCUGGAGAUCAAGCCCUGGAAAGCCUAUCGGGACUAUCGCGACGAGGGCUACGGGCUGCUGAUCCUGGAAGGAAAGGACUGGCAGAGGGUAAGAAGUGCCUUUCAAAAGAAAUUAAUGAAACCCAGGGAAGUUGCGAAACUGGAUACCACGAUCAAUGAGGUCCUGGAGGACUUCAUGCACAGAAUAGAUGAUGUUUGUAACCACAAUGGACAAAUGGAAGAUGUCUAUUCAGAAUUCAACAAAUGGUCAUUUGAAAGUAUCUGUCUGGUGCUGUAUGGGAAGAGGUUUGGUCUCCUACAGCAGGAUGUAGAAGAAGAAAGUUUGAACUUCAUCAAGGCUGUAAAAACGAUGAUGGCUACUUUUGGAAUGAUGAUGGUGACCCCCGUGGAACUUCACAAGGGGCUGAACACAAAAGUGUGGCAAGCUCAUACUAAAGCAUGGGAUGAUAUAUUUAAAACAGCCAAGCACUCAAUUGACUGUCGACUGGAAAAACACUCUGCAAACCCUCAGGAGGAUUUCCUGUGUGACAUCUAUUCUGGAGGACAACUUUCCAAGAAGGAGCUGUAUGCUGCCAUUGCAGAGCUCCAGAUUGCCGGAGUUGAAACGACGGCCAAUAGUUUACUGUGGGCUUUGUAUAACAUCUCACGCAAUCCACAUGUUCAGCAGAAGCUUUUCCAGGAAAUACAGAGUGUUUUGGCUGCUAAUGAGAGUCCAAGUGCUGAGAACUUGAAGGAUAUGCCCUACCUAAAAGCGUGUCUGAAAGAAUCCAUGAGAUUAACACCAUCAGUGCCAUUUACCACUCGCACCAUUGACACAGAAAUGGUUCUGGGAGAUUAUGUACUGCCCAAAGGGACCGUACUAAUGAUAAAUAGCCAUGCCCUGGGUUGCAAUGAAGAAUACUUUAAUAGCUGGACUCAGUUUAAACCAGAGCGCUGGUUUCAGAAGAACUUAAUAAAUCCUUUUUCUCAUGUUCCAUUUGGCAUUGGGAAGAGGAUGUGCAUCGGGCGCCGCGUAGCAGAGCUACAGCUUCACUUGGCCCUUUGCUGGCUCGUUCGCAAAUACCAAAUUGUGGCAACUGACAACAAACCGGUAGAAACACUCCAUUCAGGAAUACUGAUUCCCAGCCGGGAGCUUCCCAUUGCAUUUCACAGACGAUAAGCUUGCAGAAAAUAAAUGACAAC